AGUGUCGGGCUCGCGCUGCGACUUGCGCGUCACCGCGGGGAGAACCGGGGCCCAGGGCAGCGCGGAGCUGGGGGGCGAAGCUCGUCCGGAGUCCGGCGGAGUGUAGUGGGGUGGGGUGUGGUGCUGUAGCCGCGAGCAGCGCCGCCUGGAGCUCCUGCAUUGCCGGACGCUGGUCUGUAGUUGUCGCUGUGCUACAGGUUGCUGCAUGGAUGAUUGACAUGUGGGCAUCACUGAGGGGCUUUUAACUUAACCCAGGGACUACAGUGACGUGGUCUGCCAAUUGGCCAUCGCUAUGCAUCUUGGGAAGUGUGGCCCCCUGCACUAAUCCGCUCCUGGAGCCCCAGGCAUGAGAGCGGCAGAGGACAUGGAUGGCUUCGAGGCAGAGGCGUCUACAGCCUCUAUGGUGUCCGGAGCCAGCAGCCCUUACCAGCCCACCACAGAGCCCGUGCGGGAGAACCGGGGCUGGAGGGGCAUCCACUGUGAUGUGGACUACAUCCGCUCACUCUUUGGGGUCCUGAAAUGCAGCCAAGUGGUCCUGGCUCUCCUCUCUUUCAUCUGCAUUGAGACUAUCAUGGAGUGCUCCCCAUGUGAAGGCCUGUACUUCUUCGAGUUUGUCAGCUGCAGCGCCUUUGUGGUGACUGGUGUUCUGCUGCUCAUGUUCAGCUUGUCUUUGCAUGAACGUGUCCCUCACAUCAACUGGAUCCUGACGGAUUUGGUGAACACUGGGCUGAGUGCUCUGUUUUUCUUCAUUGCCUCUGUAAUUUUGGCAUCACUAAACCACAAAUCUGGGGCGGAAAUUUCUGCAGCGGUUUUUGGCUUUUUAGCCACUAUCUCUUAUUCUGUGAACACCUACUUGGCAUUCAGAAAAUGGAAAUUUGGUAGCAGAUCCCAGAACAUGCGUCAGUCCAGCGACUACAUGAGGGCACGUAGCGAGUCACGAGACGUAGACUGCCGUCCGGAGAUUCAGCGUUUGGAUGCUUAACCUGUUGGGGCCUUGUGGUUGGUUUCUUCUCUCGUGCCCAGCGGCAGGACUUUACCAAGGAAUGUUUUUUGGAACAAAGAUGACAUUUCAGAACAUUCCGGAUCUCACGACAACAUUCCGGUCUUGGCGAUUAUAGGAGCAGGUGGGCAGCUAAGAUUCCCAGGUGUCACUUUAAGAAGAGAAUGUUGUAGAUCCUGCCGGGGAUUGUUCUUAUAUGGAUAAUGGACCAACCACUGGGACCAGGCAUAGCUCCAGUGACUGUGAUCCUGGUCCCGGCAUGUUACUUAUUCCUUCCCUCUGACAGAUGAGAUUUUUCUGUCCUUAUCUUUUAAUUAGAUCCCUUUUUAAUCCUGUUAUUUAAUUAGGUUUUUCUGCUGAUCAUUAAUAGAACUUUUGGACUAAAUCAGGGGCGUCGGGUUAUGUGGCAGAGGAGAAAUCUGAAACCUUAGGAUGGUAGAAAGUUUUUUUUUAAAUUUUUUUUUAAAAAUAUUUAAGUUAAUUUAAAUUAUCAGUCUGAUUCAAGGGUUGAUUGAAGGAAACUACAAUUAGUUGUAUAAAAUAAAUAAAUAAAUCUUAUUCCUAUGUCAUGUUAUCAGAGGUUACAGAUACAAGCAAUUGAGUAAGCCGUGUCCUUAAGACUUCUGGGAACCUUAUUGUUAGGACUUACAGCCUGUCUGUUACCUCUGAUGGCCUAGCAAAGUGUUUCCCAACCAGGGUGCCUCCAGCUGUUGCAAAACUACAACUCCCAGCAUGCCCGGACAGCCGAAGGCUGUCCGGACAUGCUGGGAGUUGUAGUUUUGCAACAGCUGGAGGCACCCUGGUUGGGAAGCACAGGCCUAGCAAGAUAUAUGUUCUAACGUGUUUAUAAUCACAUUAUGGGGGAUAUGAUUUACACUUUCUUCUGUAAGUAUAGUAAUUCUCAUCACACAAGGGAUCAUAGCAAUAUGAUACCGCUAUACAUAUGCAAUAUAUAUAACACUAUGGACUGAGAAUUACAGCUGUUUAAGCAAUAUUUUAACACAGUUAAAGGGGUUAUCCAGGAAAAAACUUAUAUAUAUAUAUAUAUAUAUGUGUGUGUGUGUAAUCUAUCAACUGGCUUCAGAAAGUUAAACAGAUUUGUAAAUUACUUCUAUUAAAAAAUAUUUUCAGUACUUAUGAGCUUCUGGAGUUAAGGUUGUUCUUUUCUGUCUAAGUGCUCUCUGACGACACAUGUCUCGGGAACCGCCCAGUUUAGAAGCAAAUCCCCAUAGCAAACCUCUUCUAAA